AUGCCAAAACGAAAGCUACAAUCGUUAUCAUUACGUGAAAAACUGAAGUUAAUAUCCGUUUAUGAAAGUGGGAAGACACGCGAAGGAGUUUAUGCCGAAUUUAAUGUGCCAAAAUCUACUCUUUGUAGAAUAAUUCAGAGUAAACAUAAAAUUGAAUCACAGUGUUCUGAAGGACAAGGAAAACUAAAACGUGUACGUUUAUCAGAAUACCCUGAACUUGAACAGUGUUUGCUAACUUGGGUCAAGCCACUUCGUAACAAAAACGUUCCGGUAAGUGGACCGAUGAUUAAAGAAGAGGCACAAGAUUUCGCGCGAAGGCUCGAUAUUCAUAAUUUUUGUAGCAGCAAUAGUUGGAUGGAAGGUUUUAAGAAAAGAAACGGUAUAGUUUUCAAAGCAAUUUGUGGAGAAAGUAACGCUGUUGAUGUUAACAAAUGUAGCCAAUGGAUUGAAGACCUACCAGCUCUAUUAUGCAAUUAUUCUGCUGAUGAUAUUUUUAACGUAGACAAAGCGGGUUUAUUUUAUAAGUGUCUACCUGAUAAAACUUUUACCGUAAAAGGUAAGUCUUGUCAUGGCGGGAAACUUAGUAAAGAGCGCAUUACAAUACUUUUAGGUGCUAACAUGUCAGGAACUGAAAAGUUGCCUAUCCUAUUAAUCGGAAAAUCUAAGUCUCCACGAUGUUUCAAAGGUGCUAAAACUUUGCCUGUGAAUUACCAAAAUAAUAAAAAGGCAUGGAUGACGUCCACUAUUUUUUCUGAUUGGUUGAAGAAUUUGAAACCAAGAAAUGAAAGCUCAGAAGGGAAAAAUUUUAAUGCGAUGAGGUUUGCUAAAAAAGCUUGGUUUUCUGUGACCAAAACUACUAUAGCAAACUGCUUUAAGAAAUCUGGAUUUAAAUCUGAAGUAACUGUAGCUGAAAGCUUACAAGAGGAGGGCGAAAAUUUAGAAACUGAUGCUGAAGAUUGGAACUUAGGCAUCAGCAAUGACAAUAUUUAA